AUGCUCGUUCUCAUCAUCGGCGACAUGUUUAUUCCAUACAAAGCACACGAAAUAUCACAGGUAUUUCGUGAGAAACUUGGUCCAAACAAAAUCCAUCAAAUUCUUUGCACAGGAAAUGUUUGUGUUAAAGAAGAGCUCGAUUACUUAAGAACAAUAUGCAAUGAAAUUGUCGUUGUUCGCGGUGAACUCGAUGAUGAAGGCGUUUCUAACAUAGAUCAGACAGUUCUCACAAUUGGCGGAUUUAGAGUCGGCCUUGUUAGCAGCGUUGGCAUUUUGCCACCACGCGACCCAGCUGCCUACGCACUCAAGCAGCGCGAACUCGAUGUCGAUAUUCUUAUCCAUGGCGGAACACAUAAAGCUUCCGCUUAUGUCUAUGAUAACCACUUCUACUUAGAUCCUGGAACAGCUACUGGUGCUUUCACACCAUUAAGUCCAAAGCCAACUCCAACAUUUAUUCUCUUAAAUGUCCAAGGAACAACCGCUGUUGCAUACAUAUACACCCUUAACGAGGAUGGUACAAUUGGAGUUACCAAAGAGCGUUUUACUAAGGACGAAUGA